CCCAUGCACAUGCCUCACAACAAGGAUCUUUAGUGGUUUUUUUUGCAGUCUUUCAGCAGAAUUUGAAAGGGAACCAUUUGGCUUAUAAGAGAGAAUGUUUUUCCUCUGGGCUUUCCACAACAGUGGAAGAAAUAAUUGAUUAGGUAAUCUUCUUAGAGAAGUAGAGAAAGGCCUGGAAGUGAGGAACUUAUGGAUCCUUUGGGAAUGCUUGCAAUCUGCUUUCAUUUUGCCAGCCCUACAAGCUCAUUUUAAAGCACUCAACGGAGGAGAAAAAGCCUCUCCUUCUAGCUUGGGCUUGCCAGUAAGACACUCUCCUUUCUGAAUAAAGGCUGCAGCCGGCUCUGAGAGCUUUCUUCUAGGUCUCCAGCAAGUGGCAUCAGACUUGCUACACAGGAGCCUUCACCAUGGAGCAGUUGAGUUCAGCCAACAGCCUGUUCGCCUUGGAGCUGUUCCACACCCUGAGUGAAAGCAGCCCCACAGGAAACAUCUUCUCUCCCUUCAGCAUUUCUUCUGCCUUGGCCAUGGUCUUUCUGGGGGCCAAAGGCAGCAGUGCACCCAGCUCUCUAAGACUUUUCAUUUCGACUCUGUUGAGGACAUUCAUUCACGCUUUCAAAGCCUGAAUGCUGAAAUGAGAAAGCAUGGAGCAUCUCAUACACUGAAAGUUGCUAACAGACUGUAUGGAGAGAAAACCUACAAUUUCCUUCCUGAGUUCUUGGCUUCAACUCAGAAAAUGUAUGGUGCUGAUUUGGCCCCAGUGGAUUUUCAGCAUGCCUCUGAGGAUGCAAGGAAGGAGAUAAACAAGUGGGUCAAAGGUCAAACCGAAGGGAAAAUUCCAGAACUGUUGGCUGGAGGUGUUGUGAAUAGCACAACCAAACUUGUGCUAGUGAACGCCAUCUACUUCAAGGGAAUAUGGCAGGAGAAAUUCUUGACACGGCAUACAACCGAUGCUCCAUUCCGACUGAACAAGAAAGACACAAAAAUGGUAAAGAUGAUGUAUCAAAAGGAAAAAUUUCCCUUUGGCUACAUUCCUGAUCUGAAGUGCAAGGUGCUUGAGAUGCCAUACCAGGGUGGAGAACUGAGCAUGGUCAUCCUGCUGCCCGAAGACAUUGAGGAUGAGUCCACGGGUCUUCAGAAGAUUGAGGAGCAAUUAACUUUGGAAAAACUUUAUGAGUGGACCAAACAUGAGAACUUGAAAGAGAUUGAUGUCCAUGUCAACUUGCCCAAGUUCAAGAUAGAAGAGAGCUACAUCCUCAACUCUAACCUUGGCCGGCUGGGAUUGCAGGAUCUCUUUAGCAGUAGCAAGGCUGAUCUGUCUGGCAUGUCAGAAUCUAGAGAUAUUUUCAUAUCAAAAAUUGUUCACAAGUCCUUUGUGGAAGUGAAUGAGGAGGGAACAGAGGCAGCUGCUGCCACAGCAGGUCUUGUUGAAUACUGCCUGGUGUCAAUAGAAGCAUUUAUAGUGGAUCAUCCAUUCCUUUUCUUUAUUCGGCACAAUCCCACAGCUAAUAUGCUCUUCUUUGGCAGGGUUUGUUCCCCAUAGAAGAAGGAGACUUUAGAGAUAGAAGGCAGAGCUUAGAGUUUCAUUCCCUGAGAUUUUAAUGGUGAUUAUUUAAUGGUGUUGGUCCUUGACAAUAAAGACCUCUAUACAAAAACCAAUCAUUCUUUCUUUUUUAAGUUCAAUCCUGUUUGCUUUUUAUAUCCAUUGGCAUAGGUGUGUAUAUAUUGUUCUUACACUUCAAAACAAUAUAAUUAUCACUGUCAACAACAUCAAGUCUAAAAGCAAAAGAGUUAAAUAAAUAUAUAGAUUUCUGAGUGUGAGGUAACCUGUUUAAUUGUCAUAUACUCCUGACAGGCAUGAAAGUGCAUGGCUUUUCCCAUUCAGUUGUUUUUCAGUUUACAAAUAGAGUAAAGCAAAAACCAAGAGACAAACUGACAAGUAAUAAAAUACUAAUAAAAGUAAUAGAUGCAAAAUAACAA